AGUACUACAUUACCCAGAAUUUCUUCCGUUUGGAGCGGAAGUUGUUCGUGACGACCUUGGGUAGCUGCUGCAAGCAUGGCGAAUAAAGAGCCUAACAGGUUGCUCCAGAACCUGAGGGAUCUCGCCGGACGCAUGUCCUCUGGCUCAAAGGGUGCUGGACUCGGACUGAAGUUAUUAAUUGGAGCAGGUGCACUUGCUUAUGGAGUCAAAGAGGCCACAUACACAGUGGAGGGUGGUCAGCGAGCAAUUGUCUUUAAUAGAAUUGGAGGGAUGCAGAUGGACACGGUCCUCUCUGAGGGUCUCCACUUCAGGAUACCAUGGUUUCAGUAUCCAAUCAUAUAUGAUAUCAGAGCCAAACCAAGAAAAAUAUCAUCUUUAACAGGAAGUAAAGACCUGCAGAUGGUGAGCAUCGCAUUGCGUGUGCUGUCACGACCUGUGGCUUCCAACCUUCCUGUCUUGUACCAGCAGCUGGGGAAGGACUACGAUGAGCGUGUGCUGCCAUCCAUUGUAAAUGAAGUUCUGAAGAGCGUGGUCGCCAAAUUUAAUGCAUCCCAACUAAUUACGCAAAGAGCCCAGGUCUCUCUACUCAUCCGACGGGAUCUCUUUGAACGCGCUAAGGACUUCAACAUUAUUCUCGACGAUGUGGCAAUCACAGAGUUGAGCUUCAGCAAGGAGUACACAGCAGCUGUGGAGGCCAAACAAGUUGCCCAGCAGGAGGCGCAAAGAGCUCAGUUCUUUGUGGAGAAAGCAAAACAAGAACAGAGGCAGAAAAUCAUCCAAGCUGAAGGAGAGGCCCAGGCUGCCAAAAUGUUAGGGGAGGCCGUCACAAAGAACCCUGGAUACCUUAAACUCAGAAGAAUCAGAGCAGCGCAGAAUAUUGCCAAAACGGUGGCGGCUUCACAGAACAGGGUUUACCUAAGCGCAGAUAGUUUGGUUCUGAAUCUACAGGACGACUCUUUUAACAAUUUGUCUCUCGGAAAGAAGUAACCCAUUCAGAAAGCACUCUCAUUCCAAUUGUCUAUGUGUGUCCUUUGAGAUGGCAUUUUCUGAUUGAGUCACAAAUUAAUAUGUCAGUCUGGGGAAGAUUCAUUAAAUAUCUAAUGGUGUAGUCCUGGUUCGUCAAUUAAAUUUGACUCCACAAUUUGCUGGUUAUCAAGACACUGCAGUUUUGUGUUCAUUUUCAGCACAAUGAAUGAAGGCAACAACUGUACCAGAUCAUUUAAUUCUUUUCAACAUUAAUUGUUGUAACAGGAAACAUGUCUUUAUAUUCUACAUUAGAUGAGCUCAAGGUUGGCUGAGAAAAAAUAAAUCCAUCCAUUUUCUUAGUAAUGAUUUAUGUCUUUCCUGAAAAAUAACACAAACAAUUGUAUGUGUGACUCAAAAUGACAGCUAAAAACUUUUUCCAAUCAGUUGAAGUUCAUAAUGGCUGCAUGUUUGGCAGUUGCCUUAUUGUUGUUUGGAUAAACCUGGAAUAUUUUAAUCCUAAAACGUGUUUUCAGUCAUAAGUAUGAAACCUUUUUGGUAUUAAACUGGCCUGCCGUAUAAAAGCAUCGCUCCACCACCUGGUUCUGGUUACUUUAGCAGUCUAAUCCUGCUCAAUCUACCUCUCUACUUAACCUCUGAACUGCCUCUUUCCUCCCCAAAACUCAGAACAUAGUGUGGGGCUUGUUUUGUUCUCCUAUUGGCUCCUGUGUAUUUGCAUUCUUUGAAAUGCACCAGUGAAUAGAUGCUGAGUCUUUUGUCAGACUGCAUACCCAAAUACAUGUUACUGUUUUAAUAAGGAGAAGUUACAUAAUAAAGUAUUGCUUAAUCUCCAAGCAAGUUUCUUCUACAAACAUAAAUAUGGUUGUCUUGCUCUAAGUAUAUUGGCCAGGCAGCCGAUUAAUCAGCUGAUGUUUGGCUAAACUAAGACUCUCAGCAUUGAUUAUUAACUCUGCCUUCUUGGCUGUUUACUUUAGGUGUCCGCUUCCGACAUUUCUGUUCCAAAAUGUACAAAUACCCUUGUCAACUGAAAAGUCACACCUAAAAUAGUUAAAUAUUUUGAAAAGUGUUCAUUUAAUUUCAGCAUAAUGUUUAAUGCAGUAUGUGCAGCAGUUUAAUGCAAUCAUAUUCUUGUCUAGUGCAUGUUUGCAUUGGCACAAUGUACAAAGUCAAGAGUUUUUUUUUUGUCAUUUUUGUUUUUUGCCUUCACAGUUGCUGGAUCUCUUAAGAACAGCUGAUAAUCAAGUCUUGUAGUUCAUCUAAAUCACAUGUGAAAUUCAAAACUUUAUAUUCAAACCUAUAAUUAUACUGAGCUACAAAUACAUAAAUUAUACACAUUUCAAAAUAUAUAUAACUCAAAUGAUAAAGCUCAGAUUGAUACAUUCAAUUUGGCUUAAAAGGAAAAAAUGCAGGUGCCAACACAGUUUUCAAUAGGUAAUAUCAGAAA